AUGGUAGAUUCAGGAGGUGAUAAUAGUGGUGUUAACUUCGAAUGGGCUUUACUUCGUGGUGGCAAUAUCAUUCGACAAUAUUCGGAUGACAAUACAUUGGUGAUCAAAAACGCUGAUCCAUCAAAUGAUUAUGGAGUGUAUCGAUGUGAAGUGGAAGAUGAUGAUGGCGAAUUAAUCGGACAAGCAUAUGCAGCUGUUACAAUUGGAUUUACCGAUCCUUCCAAUGCGCGAAUUGUUAAAUUUGAUGAAAAAUCAGCUGCGACAAUUGAAUGUCCAGUUUAUGCGAUACCUGGUGCAACUGUUACAUGGGAGAAGGAAGAUGGUGAAUUACCGGCUAAUGCAAAAAUGAUCGGUGAUAAGUUGAUGAUUGAUGAAUUUGAUGAUGAUACUGUUGGAAUGUAUGUUUGUAAAGUUGAUGUACAAGGCAAACAAAUUGAAGGUUAUGUGAAAGCAGAAAUAUACGGUUAG